AUGUUAAAAGUACUAAUCACAGAAUCACAUAUUCGUUUACGUACAUAUCAACGAAGAAUUGAGGAACACCGCAACGCCAUUUUUACCACAACUAACAACACAUCAGACGCAAAGUUAUUACAAGAUACCAUUAACAAUAUAACUCAAGAAUAUCAAUCAAAAAAACGCACAGAAUUCAAAGGAAACUCAAUAAUUCAAGAUCAUACCAACGUAACCAUAACAACGCAAACACGUGGGUUAAAAAUAUCUCCCACAAGGAACUUACUGCCCAACAGGGCAUGUUGUAAAACAUGGACUGGACCUUCGACUGGACUGGACUUGUAAACUAUGGACUGGACUUGUAAAACAUGGACUUGUAAAACAUGGACUUGUAAAACAUGGACUUGUAAAACAUGGACUUGUAAAACAUGGACUUGUAAAACAUGGACUUGUAAAACAUGGACUUGUAAAACAUGGACUUCGAGCGAAUUUAUUAUCGAUGAUGUGUUUCUCUAUAUGUACACCUAUAAUAGAGAAACAGGUAGAAAUACACGAACUAUUCUGCUGUGCUCGCUUGCCCCCAAUCUCGUUUCCCGAGCCUGCGAUCCUCGGGAAGGAACGUGAGGCUCUAGGAUAAUCCGUUUCAGGGAGGAAUCUGAUUGGCCGUUGAAAUCGGAAUGCGUAGUUCAAUUAUAGUUCAAUCUUAGCCAGGAUUCCUGGCUUCCGGCAACGGCUUAUCCCAGAGCCUUGCGUUCCUUCCCGAGGAUCGCAGGCUCGGGGAACGAGAUUGGCUUGCCCCUGCCUCCACCUUAUUUUGCCCCCGGAAUUGGACAGACAAUAACGAAAUAGAUUGGACCGAGUCAACAUAAUUUAACUUGGAAAAUAUUGAAUCCUUCUUUGCAUAUCUAUGUGGUACCGGUACCAUAUUGAUAGGCAUUAUUAACUCUACCAUACUAUAUAGUGCAUGUACAUGCACGGAGGGAUAUUCAUCGUAAGCCAUUUUUCUACCGACUCCAAAAUUUUAAAAAAUAACGUAAUGAUCACAUUUUGAAUAACAAUAAUAGUUACAAUAAUAGUUCAAUUGCAAAAGUUCGAUCUCUUGGCCUUGAGAAUCAUUGACUGAAAUUCAUCAUCGAGUUCCCAGAUCAUAACAUGUAUCUUGAUUGUCUGUGUUGGAACUUUCCAUUUGCGGACAUUACUACAACCAAGCUUUCCUUUCACACGGAUACGAUUGAAUAUAUUUAAUAAUGGAUACCAGUAAUAUUUGUUAGGCACUAAGGACAAUGAAAUGUUUUGUUAUGAGUUUCGUUUUGUUUCAGUUGUUUAUAGUUAGUUAACUAUGUCUAUCGAAAUUAAAUUCAUGUUUUGCAACUGAAUUUAAAGCUUAAUUACAACAUUCUAGCCAUGAUAGAAAAUAAAUAUGCAAAUAGUGGAAGUUUUUUUUUGUCAAAAUGUUAGUUAAAAAACUAUUUAACAUAGAUAUGCAAAAAAUGAUUAAAUAUUUUCUAGUCGAAAAAUUAUGUUGACUCGGCCCAAUCUUUUUCGUAGAGACCUUAAUACACCAGUUUUGAAAUAUAUUAAACAAUUAUUAAACUUGUGGUAUUUGACAACAGGGCAUCUUAGUUUAACAUAUAGAUUGGGGGAGGGACAUGUCCCCUCCCCCCAGCCUUCUUAGUGGCCCCUCCAGUCGGCAAUUUUGUCCCCUCCAGCGCAAGGUCCCUAUAACCUGCAGUAGGUGGUCAACCAGCAAUUGUAUAUCAAAGUGAGAAAAUUUAAGUUUUUAACAUUUCUGAAUUUCACCAUCAUCUGCAGGAUGGAAUUUGUAGGACUGAAAUUUAAGCAUCGCCAGAAACCUAAACCAUGUCCGAAAUAAUUUUCUCGUGGAAAAAAGGCAUGAAAUGGCAUUUUAGGACGAAAUUCUAGUUUAAUUUUUUCAAGCAAAGAUACUCCAAAGAGACCACCCUAUCUUGCUCUUCAGUGUCACUGAGGGCACGAAUGCGUCGAUUUCAAGUACCCCAAUACAUGUAAUACAGUACUGUAGAAUUUGAAGUGUGGUGAAUGAUAAUGCUAUACCACGCACGUUUUCAUUACCGCAUCAUCACAUCAUGUUGCCUCGGUGGGACUGGAUUACAUUUGGGAGAUUGUAAAAUUGUAGUAAUUGUGUCACUGUUUAUAAGGUUAAUUUCUUGUUGGAACACUCCUCAAAAUGCUGGAAAUAGCCUAUCUGAGAUUCAAGAAAUCCAAAAUUUUCUGGGGGGAUGCCCCCUGCAGACCCCUCUAGAUGGCUCGCGCCUUCAGUGCUCGACUAGUUUGUCUCACAAUCCUCAACGGGCGUGAUCUGCUGCCCUAUGACGUACACUAAUUAGUUAAACCAUGCAUAUAUAUGCUGGUUUCUCCAGGUCCCCCGCGAAAUAUGCCUCCCCCCAAGUUACACAUCCUUAAAAGAGGCCCUGUUUCACAAUGAUUUAAGAAAGCAAAAUAACCACAAUUAUGUAUUCACCAAAGCAGUAAAUUAAGAUUUGGCGUUUCAAGUUGACGUUUGGCGUAUAAAUUUCACACUUGAACUGUCUUUGAACUGCUACGAGGGUUUGUAGUCGUUGAAGCAUGAAAUUUAUACGACAAACGUCAACUUGAAACGCCCAAUCUUGAUUUACUGCUUUGGUGAAUACUGACUAGUGGUUAAUUUGCUUUCUUAAUUUAUGGCAUGUAGUAAAACACUGACUACCAGAACACCGGAACACCACCGGAACACCACACCUAACCCUAACCCUAACCCCAACCCUAACCCCCAAACCUAACCCUAACCCUAACCCCAAACCCUAACCCUAACCCCAAACAAAAUGGUGGUGUUCCGGUGUUCCGGUGGUGUUCCGGUGGUGCUCCGGUGGUGCUCCGGUGUUCCGGUAGUCAGUGUUUUACUACAUGCCUUAAAUUAUUGCUAAUUACCAUGCACAAGUCUAAUAAUUGUUUAAUAUAUUUCAAAACUGGUGUAAAAGCUGGUGUAAUAGAGUUGUAAAAUAAAAAACUUCUUUAGCGGUUCGACGUUUGCCGUAAACGUCAAGCUUAAGGUCUCUGAUGUCUGUCCAAUUUUGGGGCCAAAAUAAGGUCUAUCAUCGAUAACAAUUCGCUCGAAGAUCAAGUCCAUGUUUUACAAGUCCAUGUUUUACAAGUCCAUGUUUUACAAGUCCAUGUUUUACAAGUCCAUGUUUUACAAGUCCAUGUUUUACAAGUCCAUGUUUUACAAGUCCAUGUUUUACAAGUCCAUGUUUUACAAGUCCAUGUUUUACAAGUCCAUGUUUUACAAGUCCAUGUUUUACAAGUCCAUGUUUUACAAGUCCAGUCCAUGUUUUACAAGUCUCCAGUUCAUGUUUUACAAGUCCAGUCCAGUCGAAGGUCCAGUCCACGUUUUACAACAUGCCGAACAACAGACACAAGUGCUAGCUAAAGGAUUAAAUUACAACACAACACAACAGACGCCAAGAAACUAGAUUUUAUCGCGGAUCUUGAAUCAGCUUUAAGGAAUACUGAACUAACGGAAGAAACUAAAAACAACAUCCACCACCAAGUAACUACUAAUCUCCUACAUUUAAACCAUCCAAUUGACCUAACCAAACAAGAACGAGAAGCCUUGGAAGACCUUAAGAAAGACGACGAUAUUGUAAUACUACCCGCAUAUAAGGGACGUAUGACGGUUGUCAUGGAUAAAUCGGAUCAUAACCAAUAA